CUCUGAUGCACGCUUACCGCGACGACAACCCCUGAGGCUCGAUUGGCAUUCCACCCACAGCACGCGAUAUCUCGCCGGUUUUCGUCGAGGUCAACCUUCUAGUUGAAUAUAACGCAAUCCACUCCAUGGUUGGGGCAGAUGGGCGAGGGCCACCACUCGUUCUCACCUGACCAUCGUCUGAAGAUACCUGGUAUCCAAUCCUGUUCUAAUGUAAACCUGUUCAUUGAAACUUGUUAUAUACCUCGCUCGUUUACCCUGUCCCUCAUUACUGUCAUUAUCCCCACGCCACAUUCACGGACCCAACCAUCUUGUUCUCUUUGACCCUCGUUAUCAUUACCAUGAACGAAUUUGUGCACGAGGCAUUCUCAUUGCUGGGGGUUGGCUUGUUCGUCAUUGGUCUCCGACUGUAUGUCAGGAUAUCUUCCGAAGGGUUCAAGCGUCUCCACGUCGACGAUUAUCUUAUGGUUGUGGCCGCUGUAGCCUACGCCGUCGAAACUUACCUCGCCUACUCCGUUGGGGCAUUUUGGAAGGGGCUCGCCAACAAUGGCAUGACAGACGAGCAACGACGGCUUCUGGACGCUAGUAGCGAAGAGUACCAUUUACGAGUCAACGGUUCCAAGACGCAAGUUGCCGGGUGGUCGAUCUACACCUCGUUAUUGUGGACCAUCAAGGCGGCUAUGUGCGCUUUCUACCUCCGCCUCACGGACGGCCUCGGCUUUCAUAAACGCAUUUACAUCGGAUUCGCUCUCAUUGGGAGCACUUGGAUCGCCGUUCUCCUUUCCAUUCUGCUUGGCUGCCGCCCCCUAGAAAAGAACUGGCAGAUAUACCCGGAUCCUGGCAAUUCGUGCCAGCCUGCCAUAUCUAAGAUUGACAUCUUUGUUACCGUUGUCUUGAACGUCCUAACUGAUAUCUACCUAAUGAGCAUCCCGAUACCCAUGCUCUGGCAGUCCUCGCUACGGCCGCUCAAAAAAGCUGGCCUCAUUCUGCUCUUUUCCGGCGGCCUGUUUGUGACGGUCGCCGGUAUCUUGCGCUGCGUUCUCAUCGUCACUGACCCCGUCAACGGUGCCCAAAAAGCCGGCUCCUGGGCUGUCCGAGAAUCCUUCGUCGCCGUCGUGACAUCCAACCUGCCCAUGAUCACGCCCCUCAUCACCCGCUUGUUCCGCCCGCUUAUUGGUACUCUGGUCCGGUCGCUGUCGGCGGCGUCCUCCUCCAGCAAGCCAUCAAGCCAGUCUCGCAGCCGAGACGGCGGCAACAAGCCGAGCGCCUUCCACUUGCUUGAGGACAAGAACCCGCGCCGCGGACGGGGCCCGCGGAGUGUCAAUCCCAUCCCCAACUUUUCGGUCAACGGCAGCGACGAGCGCAUCUGUGACUCGCGCCGUGGCGGCCAUAAUGAUGAGGCUCGGGGUGGCUCGCCGAGUUCGUACGAUACCGACCGUGACCUUGAGUCGGGCCGCGCGGCGGUUGCUGCUGGUGCUCCGUUCCCCAGGGCUGGCGUCAUUGUCAAGCAGACAUCGGUUGAGAUUAUUGAGACGCGGCAUUCUGGGGAAGCGCUGGAUGACAGUGAUGUUGCCGAUUACUACCUUGUGAGGCAGGCUCAUCGGGAUGCCGACUGGCUGGCGAGGAAGCCUAGCGCUGGGAAGCGGAGGAGGUCAAGCGUGACGUUGGGGAUGGGGAGGGCGGUUUGAUAUGGAAGUUGAUGAGUUGGCUGAGGGAGAAACCUUAUGGCACACGUUGAUGGGGGGUAAACAAAGAUAUCUUGACGUGUUGAGUUCUGGAAAUUCGCGGGAUCAUGAAGUUGGUUGGAAUAUGGGGUUGUCUAAGAGAGACUUCCAUCGAUGGAUACUGGGUUGAUAGAACAUU